AUGUCUCCCGAAUCUCCGACUGGAGGGGCACCCACUGCUGGAAAGCCGUUGAACCAGCCGAACCCAUACUUUCCAGUGGAGAUCGUGGAUCUAUGUAUCGACACCGUACACGAUUUGCUAGAAGGACAUCUGGCCCGUCGCACUCUCGGGGCAUUCAGCCUUGUCUCGCACUCGUGUGCACGUCGGGCCCGUAAACACCUCUUUGCUCGCCUUGAACUCAAGCUCGAUGAGCUCGAAUCCGGCCCAGCAAUCGCGAUCGCAAGGAGGCUUUACGAAGUGUUGACCUGCCCCUCCACCGGUGGCCUUUCGAGUGUCGCCUCCCUGGUCGAGAGUUUCUCGAUAUCCUGCGACUGGGAGACCACAAUAUUACCAGAACUCGAACGCACCCUAUCCAGCAUCCUCCCUCUUCUUCAUCAACCAGGGCAUGGAAUCAAGGAGUUCGCGAUAUCUCAUGACGCGUGGUGGUUCGAUUUGGAAUGCAAGUUCAAGCAUUCAUUAUACAGCCUCAUCCGAUCACCUCAUGUCAAGAUUCUCCACUUGAAGCUCCUCCUGGGAUUGCCCAACAACCUUCUCCUAGGAAGUCACAUCGAGAACCUAGUACUGGACGAGGUACCCUUUUUCAUCGCCUCCUACAUAUCAGAAGAUGAACCCCCUGCAUUCAAUCUUUCCCGGAUGAAAAAACUCGAACGCCUUCACUUCGACAUCUGUGGUGGGCCAAUAGACGCGAGGGAGGCAUUUCUUUCCAUCGCGGAAAUCUUCCGCGAGGUGACAGCAAACGAGAAGCUGAAAACACCGAAACUGAGCCACCACAUCGCCAUCUCCACUGAGUUCCCGAUGGCGUCGUUCCUUCGGCUCUUGGCUGAACCCCUAGAACAGAACGCGUGUGCACCGCUCAACCAUGCCCUUUCGACUCAUUUCAGUAACCUGAACGAGGUGAAAAUAAACCUCCGGCUCGCCCGAGCUGCUGGAGUCGGUGAGCCCUCAAAAGUCAGACGGGAAUCUAUUCCUCGCGUGGAAGAAUUGAUGAGGACGGCUUUGCCAUUUUUCGUGUGCGAGAAUGUGUUCGCACCGACGCUGAAGAUCAACAUAAUGAAUGAAUGCGUUGCAUCGUUUAAUCGCUCUUGGACACAAUGUAAAGUAUCAACGCUCGAUUUUAGAUGA